AUGACUGCCAAUACAUAUAAAUUAGUUAUGCUUGGGGGAGGUGCUGUUGGAAAAUCUGCUAUAACUGUUCAAUUAGUAUCAGGACAUUUUGUUCAAAUUUAUGAUCCAACUAUUGAAGAUUCUUAUAGAACAUCCAUUUCUGUUGAUGGAGAAAUGGUUUCUCUUGAUAUUUUGGAUACUGCAGGUCAAGAAGAAUAUUCUGCCUUAAGAGAUCAGUACAUGCGUUCAGGUGAUGGAUAUGUUAUUGUAUAUUCCAUUACAUCAACUACAUCUUUCUUAGAGGCUAAUGGAUUUAGAGAACAAUUAUAUCGUGUUCUUGAUAAAGAUGUAUCAGAACAUGUUUCAAUUGCUCUUUGUGGAAACAAAUGUGAUUUAGAAAGUGAAAGACAAGUCCAAGCUAAUGAAGCUAAAAACUUAGCUGAACAAUGGAAAGUAUUAUUCUUUGAAACUUCUGCUAAAGCUAAAAUUAAUAUUACUGAAACUUUCCAAGCUUUAGUUAAAGAUAUCAAAGCAAAUAGAGCAGCUACAGAACCAACUGCUACAACCGCAGAAGCUAAUGAUUCAAAAGGAAAGAAGGAUAAAAAAGAAAAGAAAGAAAAGAAAUGCAUAAUGUUCUAA